AUGAGUGGAGUAGGAGGAGGAGUGGGAGGGACCCGAACAGGGGCUGCCGGAGAGGCAAUUCGUGUCUGGCUUCGUCAUGACUGUGUGAUCAGUUCAGAUUCUGAUUUCAUUGAAAGGCAGUUAAUCACAUGUAUUACUCCCCCGGGUGAACGAUCUCGGGAUUCUCAGCUCAGCGCCCCAAUGGAGGAAAGGAGCUACGGGGAACCGGCUCCUAAUAAGCAUGCCAAAGAUUUCGAGAAAAAUAAAAAAAAAACUAAGAAGAAGAAGACGAAGAAGAAGAAGAAGAAGAAGAAGAAGAAGAAGAAGAAGAAGAAGAAGAAGAAGAAGAAGAUGAAGACGAAGAAAAAGAAGCGGGGUAAUAAUGCAGAUGAGAAAACUUGUGAGAGUUGA